AUGUCACGUUUCUGGAUUGAGACAUACCGGCAUGUAACACUCAACACUGAGCAUGUGGCAUUCCGCCUCCUCCUCGAAUCUUCGUCAAGCGUGCGCUCAACCGCUCUUCAUCAAACUAACGUCCCCGGUACGUUCCGCCGCUUCACAGGACUGGACCCGGCGUGGCCGCUGUUCUUCGUGACCCCCGCCAGCGGCCGUCUGGACAAGGAGGACGCGGACUUGGUGGACGUCAUCCACACCUGUGCCGGCGACCUGGGUUUCUCUUGGGCCCUCGGCACCGUCGACUUUUUCCCCAACGGCGGUAGCCACCAGCCGGGAUGUGGCUUGGACGUUGGAGGUACUUGCUCUCAUGGCAUGUCGCACAAGUACUUCGCCAAGACAGUAACAACAGGCCAAACAUACCAAGCGGUCUACUGCAAAACCGACUUAAAUGCUAUGGAUGGGAAAUGCACAGACCAAGCGGACGCAUGCAUGGGUGAUAAAGUCUCCUUUAAGGAACCCGGAUCCUUCUAUUUGUUUACUGAUGACAACGGACUUACAACCUUAUGCCAACUGCCAGAGGAAGGAGAGACAAACUAAAAGAGACAAAAAGAAACAAUCUUGAGUCACGAUGUACUUAAAUGUAACUAAUAAAGUUUAGUUUCGAGACAA